AGAGUAAAAUUUAUUUUAAUUAGUCUUAGUUAGAUAUAUAAUGUGACGUGAAGAUGAAAAGUUCGCGUUUCAACUUGUUUUUAGACCAUUUUCGUUAAUUUUUGGUAAAGUGAAAUUUAAAAGUAUGAACGAACGAGAUGUUAGUAAGAAGCUUUCGCAAAAAGAGAAAAUCCUCGUUUCAGAAGAUCAAUUAAAUUCAAUAUGGUGCUCAAAACGAUUUCUCGUAGCCUCUGUGAUAUUUGUAUGUUUCAACAACGCUGCUAUGCUGUUGUACAAUUUAAGUAUCGCCGUCGUCGAAAUGACAUCGGACAAAGUUAUCACAAUUGGUAAUACCACUGUAUUUCGAGUGGCUGAAUUCCAAUGGGAUACGAUAACAAUAGGAAUCGUUUCAUGCAUACACUCAUAUGGUGGAUUAAUUGCCUUUCUAGGAGGAUAUCUGGUGGAUAAAUUUGGAGGCUCGGUAUCUUGUUCAUUGAGCAUGAUGAUCUGUGGGGUUUUGACCAUACUCCAUCCAGCAAUAUUGUAUCUGGAUUAUAAUUUGUUUCUGUUCUGCCGUUUCAUAACAGGAUUUUUUGUGAAUUGUUUUUUUAUUAGCACUGCUGAAAUGUACUCCAGAUGGUUUCCAAAAAAAGAACGAUCUACUCUGAUCGCCAUUGGAUACAAUGGAGUAAACGUUGGUGCUGCAAUCGCAUAUCCUUUAUUUGGAUACAUAGCUGAUAAAUGGGGAUGGCAAAUGGUCUUCUACGUCUCAGGAAUUAUAUCGUUAUUUAUUUCAUUACUUUGUCUGAUUAUUGUAAAGAAUCGACCUUCGGAAGAUACACGAAUUUCUGAAUCAGAAUUGUCCUAUAUUCUGAUUGGGACUGACGAUGCCUCACGAAAAAAAGUUGCUCAUCCGUACAAAAAAAUCUUCUCGUCGAAAGCAGUUUUCGCAGUAUGCGUUGGAAAAUUCACCAAUUUGUGGAUAACUACGAUUCUUAGCUUGAGCUUGCCUUUAUACGUAAAAGAUCUCACUGGUAAAAGUACAGACGAAGUAGGUCUUAUUUCUUCAAUACCCGCCAUUGGUCAAAUUUUAAUAUUUCCUAUAACUGGGGUAUUUUUAGACGUGUGGAAAAAAACUACAGAAAUUGAAUGGACUCUGAUGCAUAAAAUAAGCAUAGGGUUUGCUUUUCUUAGCUCCAGUGUGUUCUUCCUAGCUGCCAUUUUGCUGAACAAUUUCACAAUGUCGAUGAUUUUCUUCGCAUUGAUUCAAAUUAUGAUGUCAAUAGUUCCAGCAAUUACCGAGCCUAUCUGCGUUAAUAUUUCACCCAACGACUCCAGCGUGACAGCCUCAUUGAGUCAGUUUAUGGGUAGUCUUGCCAUUGUAGUAUCGAGAACUAGUUUCGGUUUUAUGACAACUAAUCACAGCUCGCAAGAAUGGAACAAUUGCUUUCUUCUAACAAGUGGCGUUUUGAUCUUUGGAACAGCAGUAUUUAUUUUAUUCGGGUCCAGUGAAGCUCAGUCUUGGUCUUCGAUAUCGAUAUUUGAACAAGAACGAGAUCCAUUAGUGAAAUACGAUGAACAUGGAAAGAGAUAUUCUAAUAUCAGCUGAUUAGGUUUACUUGUAAUUAAAAAUCAAAUUGUAAAACGCAAUCCUAAUAUUUGUUUCUAUCUAAAAUUUCCAUCCAAACACAAAUCUGUCGCCAUGUGAAGAAUGCGAAUACGUCGAAUUUUAUACCGACAAAUGACUAAAUACCUACGUAGAACUUAAUUAGCAUGCCUACCGAAUGAUCGUAAAUACUUACAUGAAUGUUGUACUUGCAUAUAUUUACAAAUUGAUAAUAUUUCUUUUUAUUUGCAAUGUACAUAUUACAGAGCAGAAUUCUCUCAACGAAAUAUAAUUUUCGAAAUUCUUAAUUAAAGAAAUUAUCAGUAUCAACCACAGACAAUCGUGAUUUCCUUAUCGGUCAAGUAAAUUAUACAUAAAUUCACAAGCACAUUGUUGUAAUGAUAAAAGUUGAAGUAGGUAUUUGUUAAUUGAGUUCAAGCACUUGUGCUUUCAUGGGUAUUGUUAGAUAGGUACCUACCUAUAGGUUAUGAAGAGUAAUUUGUUUCUUGACCUCAAAAUGCAUAAAUUCAGUUGGUACGACCUUUCCAAAUUAAUGUAAGCAUCACCUCAUCGUAGAUUUUUUAAAGACCAUUCAUCUUACUUGAGUAGGUGCUUAUAAAAAUGUACCUACCUAUAACCUUUGGAAUUGCAAAAAAAUUAUCCGAGCUUUUCAUCGCGUUUUUUCGAGGUUACGUCGGUAUACUUUUUUUCAAUCCUCACAAUAAUUUUUACUUUCAGAAAGAUAAAAAAAAACAAUCAGUUUUACUUUAAAAAAGUGGAUGCAGUUUUCAAAUUUUCAAAUUGGAUAAGAAUUUUUUGUGAAUUUCAAAACAAAUUUUUUUUCAAGUUCAUGGCACGAGCUUUUGACCUGAAAAAAGAUGUUUCCCAGCCGGCACAAAGAUCUCUAAAAUUCACCAACAGGAAAAAUUUCAGAUACUGAAAUUAAUUUUUUGAUUCUUGUAAAUUUUUUGGAAUUCAAAUUUCGCCCAUUUCUAGCGAAAAAAAAUAUAAAAUUUGCAUAAAAGGUUUAAAUUUGGUUUUUACUUUAUUUUCAGCCUCCUGAGUCAAUUGCAGAUGGUUUUGAACUAUUCUGGAGCCUUCUGCGGACUUUUAAAUUCUUCAACUUUCAAAAAAAAAAAAAAAAAACAGCAAAGUAGAUAUAGAGUAAAAAUGGGAUUCAACAUUCAAACAUUCAACCCAUAUAAACUUAUAUUUAUCAUCUUUGUGACCUUCUUGAUCGAUUUAGAGAUUUAUUUUCAAAGUAUUUUUGUGCUGAUUCAAAUUCAAAAUUUUCUCCAGUGAUUAUUUUUGUAAAAAAAUAAAAAAUUUGUGAAUGGAAAAAGCUGAGAUUUAUUCUUGUAUUAUAUGUAUUUUCGACUUCCGAGUUGAUUGGUGAUAGUUUUGAAUCGCUCUGGACCGUAAAUUUUCAAAUUAAAAAAAAAACACUUUAGGUAAGUAAAUAUAAGAUGAAAAUGAAAUUUAGCAUCUAACAAGGGAACCUCUUGAGGUGUCACACUCCAAUUUGAACGAGACUGCGAUUUUUGGAAAGAGCAUAGUCUAAAACCCCCAAAACCAAAUUUUCAAAUGCCCAAAUUCAUCUUUCGAUUUUUGGCGAAUUUUUGAAAAUUCAAAAUUGACUGUUUUUGGCGAUUUAUGCUUUUUUUUAAAAGUACGUACUUGAUCAGUAAAAAUGGCCAAAAUAAGUCCCAAAACUAAUAUUAAUUACCCAAAUCCAAAUUUCACCAUUUUCAGCCAUUCUGGAGCUUCCAGCGCGAUUUUUCAAUUUCUCCAGAAUUUUGAAUUUGCUCCAGAAGGGAAUAUGAAGUUGGGCAGCUAAAAAUCGAGUUCUAUAUUACACUCGACCUGUUCAACGAGUUUAGCUACAUUUGAGCCGAUUUUGAGAGUGACACCUCAAGAGUGGCUUUUUGACCAGCUUUUUUCAAAACUAAAAAAUCAAAAGUUUCCCGUUUGUGUGGAAAUUUUCAAAAUUCACGCAAAUCGCUGAAUUUUGUCCAAAACUAACCCCCCAAAUCCAAAUUUCACAAUUUCCAGCCAUUCUGGAGCCUCCAGCGCAGUUUUUCAAUUUCUCCAGAAUUUUGAAUUGGCUCCAGAAGUCGUGCACAUGCAGUUGGGCAGCUAAAAAUCGAGUUGUGUAUUAUACUUGACCUGUUUAACGAGUUUAUCUACAUUUGAGCUGAUUUUGAAAGUGACACCUCAAAAGUGGUUUUUUGACCAGCUUUUUUCAAAAUUAAAAAAUCAAAAGAUAACCGUUUGUGAGGAAAUUUUUGAAAUUUGUGCGAAUCGCUGUAUUUCUUCAAGAACCAACCCCCAGAGCUCAAAUUCUACCAUUUCCAGCCGUUUUGUAGCGAGAGUGACACCUCAAAAAACCACUCUUGAGGUGUCACUCUCAAAAUCGGCUCAAAUGUGGAUAAACUCGUUGAACAGGUCAAGUGUUAUAUACAACUCGAUUUUUGGCUGCCCAACUUCAUAUUCACGCCAUCUGGAGCAAAUUCAAAGUUCUGGAGAAAUUGAAAAAUCGCGCUGGAAGCUCCAGAAUGGCUGAAAAUGGUGAAAAUGGAUUUGGGUAAUUAAUAUUAGUUUUGAGACUUAUUUUGACCAUUUUUACUGAUCAAGUACGUACUUUUAAAAAAAGCAUAAAUCGCCAAAAACAGUCAAUUUUGAACUUUCAAAAAUUCGCCAAAAAUCGAAAAAUGAGCUUGAGCAUCUGAAAAUUUGGUUUUGGGGGUUUUAGACUAUGCUCUUUCCAAAAAUCGCAGUCCCGUUCAAAUCGGAGUGUGACAACUCAAGAGGUUUCCUUGUAAGACUCGGAUUGACCGUCAAGGUGAUCUUUUAGAUCGAUUUAUGCACAAUUGCACAUAUUCUCUAAAUCAUUUUGUUCUCGUUCAAAUCCGUUUAUUUUCACCUCGUUUACAGCAUUUUUUUCGAAAACUGGAGAAUUCGAAAAUUCACUGGAGACUCCAUAAAAUGGUUCAAAACUGUUACUAAUCGACUCAGAGAUCAAUAAUGAAAUGCGAACCGAAUUUAAUAUUUUUCGUUUAAGUACGCGAUAGGUAUACAUGAAGAAUAUAUAUAUAUUUUUUUAAGUUAUACCUAGAGAAAAUUUUGGUUUUGAACCAGUACAAAAAGAUUUUGAAAAUACGAUAUGUCUUAAUCGUUUGAAAGAAUCACAGCAAAGAUGGCGAAUUCAUGUGAAUGGGUACUGAAUUUCAUUUUUACCCCCACUUUACAGUGCUUUUUUGAAAACUAAAAACACUCCAAAUUCAUCAUGGAGGCUCCAGAACAGUUUGAAACCAUCACCAAUCGGCUCAGCCCAAUACGUCAAAAUUAAGUUACAAAUUAAAUUUAAAAUCUUUCAUGUCCAUUUAAUCAAGUUUUGAUUUUUUCAUGAGAAAUGGACCAAAUUUGAAUUUUUUUUAAAUCAUCAAAAAUUGAAAAAUGAAUUUCAGCUUCUGAUAACUUUGCUUUUGGUAAAAUUUGGAGUCCUUUUUCAAAUGCCAUCUUGUUCGGUUCAAAAAAUGUUAUGCCAGUUCAGAUAGGUACUUACUUCUCUUAUGAGGAUUGAGGAUAGUUUAUUUAUUUUCAUAUUUGCAAAAUUGGAUUCAUUUUUUUUUUUUGCAGUUUUAUUUUAUUAUACAUUACUAUGUAUAAGUAACGUCAAUGUGAACAUUUUGGCAUUUAAUUUUAAUUUUAAAUGUUUGCUUAAAUUUUUUGAAAUAUGUUCCGAACAUUUUUGAAUUGUUUAAAAAUUUCUUGCCAAAAAUAUCUGGUAAAUAAAAUAAAUAAAAUUCUGUUUCAAUUAUUUUUGUACCUAACGAAAAAAAUGUUAAUUUACUUACCUACUUGCUGUUGAAAUCUUGAAAUAAAAAAUUGAAACUUGAUUCAAUCUGACUGAAUCUGA